AUGCGCAUUAUGGAAUGUUAGCGGGACAUUUCGGACCAAGAAGAUAUGGUGGGAACUGUCUAAGAGUUCCUUCUGGAAAAAUAUGAGACGUGACAUUUGGCGCUGGGCCGAGGAGAGCCGCAAAUGCUUGUGCCACGACCCCAAGCGAGUCAUGGUGCCUCCUUUAAAGCCGAUUGUCACCACUAGCCCUUUGAGUUGUUAUGGAUAUAUUGGAAAUGGGUCCUACUACGGAGGGGAAUCGGUACAUUCUGUCAGUAGUGGACCAUUUCUCAAAAUUUGGUGGAGCCUAUGCAGUCCCUCAGCAUCCGUAGUAGCUCGCGUGUUCUUCGAACGAUGGUUGGCGGAAGGUGGCCGCCAGCCCAAACGCGUCCUCUCAGAGAGAGAAUUCGAGAACAAGCUGAGAGGAGUUACGCAGACUUCUGAGGUUCGAACAGAUCUUCACUAAAG